AUGUCCUUUCUAUCCUGGCGGUCUGUAUAUUUCGUGAGUAUCGGCCUACGCUUUGUUUUGGCACUCUCAAACUCAUACAUCCAUCCAGAUGAACAUUUCCAGAGCUUCGAGGUCCUAGCAGGUCGUAUGUUUUCUCUUUCCACCAGAGAACCCUGGGAAUUCGGCUCACUGGCUCCGGCGAGAAGUGCCGUGCCACUAUUAGUAGUGUACUACCUUCCUCUCACAAUUGCCCAAUGGCUUGGGCUUCUGCCUUUGCAAACGUGGUACUUGGUGCGGCUCGUGUUCAUGGCCAUCUCAUGGAUGGUCACCGACUGGUGUCUUUAUAAGAUGCUCCCAACAAAACAAGAGCGGAUCAAGGCAAUCUAUUUUGUGCUGACGUCGUUUGUGUCCCUCGUGUACCAGCUGCACACGUUUUCCAACUCGAUUGAGACGGUGUUGGUGGUGCUCACGGUGUACUUUAUAAAUGAAUUGCGCUUCAUCAGGACACUUCCCGAGGACCAGUACAAGACGUCCGACAUCAUCAACGCAUCCGUGGCCAUUGGCGUUUUGUUUGCGUUCGGAAUCUUCAACCGCGUGACGUUCCCGGCGUUUUUUGUGAUCCCGGGAUUCUUCCUUCUACAGAGCUCGCUCAAAUGGAUGUACUUGCCUAUAGUCACGACCUGUGCGUUCAUGACUACGGCGAUAUGCUGUGUGCUUGUUGACAGUUGCUGGUUUGGCGAGACGUCGAUUUCUGCCAUUUUGGAACAUCCAUGGCUUUGGUCGCAGUACGUGGUGACGCCAUACAAUAACCUUGUCUACAACGCAAGCUUCGAGAAUUUGGCGCAACAUGGCAUUCAUCCUUUCUACACUCAUAUCCUUGUGAACGUGCCCCAAAUCCUAGGCCCUGGACUCGUGCUUUUGCUUCCACGUUUCAGAAACAGCUACUGGAAAACCACGCCAUUCUUAUCGGCCAUGAGCGGCUUGAUUUUCUUGUCCUUGGUUCCACAUCAGGAGCUUCGUUUUCUCAUUCCUAUUGUUCCCCUUCUAUGUGCGUGUUUCGAUGUAGCUGCCUUGGAAUCUGCGUGUCAGAAGCAUCCUCUAUUCCUCUCGUGUGUGAUGAAUGCUUGGCUCAUAUUCAAUAUACUUAUGGGCACAAUGAUGGGUGUGCUACACCAGGGCGGCGUCGUGCCAGCGCUCGACUUUUUACACGAGAACCCCCAAUACAGCAGCCCUGGAAACGCACUCAUCUGGUGGAGAACAUACUCGCCCCCGACGUGGAUGUUGGACCAAAAAAUGGGCAACUUGCAGAUUGUUUCAGUUGACGAGAACACGCUCUUUUUAUCGUGUGAUCUUGACUCACGCAUAGGCAAAGCCUCGAUCGAUGCCAUGGGAAUGGAGGCUGGAAAGCUACAGGAAUUGAUCAAGAGCGUUUCUGCAAGAUACCCAAGGGUCUACCUAAUAACGCCCAUAGCUUCGUUCAGCCACAAAUUCAACACCAGUCAGUUUGAGGAAAUCUGGAGAUACAACUCCCACGUGGACUUGGAUCAUUUCGACCUCUCGCGCCUACAGAGCUUCCAGCCGGGACUUGCCAUAUACAACCUUCUAUAA